GUUGACAAUUGCAUUCUUUGCACUCUCGGGGCUGGAUAUGUUGGAUUCCUUAGAUGUGGUGAACAAAGAUGAUAUAAUAGAGUGGAUUUAUUCCUUGCAAGUCCUUCCCACAGAAGACAGGUCAAAUCUAAGUCGCUGUGGUUUCCGAGGCUCUUCAUACCUGGGUAUUCCAUUCAAUCCAUCAAAGAACCCUGGAACAGCUCAUCCUUAUGACAGUGGACACAUAGCGAUGACCUACACUGGCCUUUCAUGUUUAAUUAUUCUUGGAGAUGACUUAAGCCGAGUAGAUAAAGAAGCUUGCUUAGCAGGCUUGAGAGCACUUCAGCUUGAAGAUGGGAGUUUUUGUGCUGUUCCUGAAGGCAGUGAGAAUGAUAUGAGGUUCGUGUAUUGUGCUUCCUGUAUUUGCUAUAUGCUCAACAACUGGUCAGGCAUGGAUAUGAAAAAAGCCAUCAGCUACAUCAGAAGAAGUAUGUCUUAUGACAAUGGCCUGGCACAGGGAGCAGGACUUGAAUCUCAUGGAGGAUCCACCUUUUGUGGCAUUGCGUCACUGUGCCUGAUGGGUAAACUGGAAGAAGUUUUUUCAGAAAAAGAACUAAACAGGAUAAAGAGGUGGUGUAUAAUGAGGCAGCAGAAUGGAUACCAUGGAAGACCUAAUAAGCCCGUUGACACCUGUUACUCAUUCUGGGUGGGAGCAACUCUAAAGCUUCUGAAAAUUUUCCAGUACACUAACUUUGAGAAGAACAGGAAUUACAUCUUAUCAACUCAGGAUCGCCUUGUGGGGGGAUUUGCCAAAUGGCCAGACAGUCAUCCAGAUGCUUUGCACGCGUACUUUGGGAUCUGUGUUUCUGCCAAUGCACGGACUUCUGAGCGCCUCCGAGAUCUCCAUCAAAGCUGGAAGACCAAGGACUCUGAAGAGUUCCCGGAGAGUGUCCGCAUUUCCACUUGAGUGACCCUGGGGAUGAAUGGGCUUGUAGCAUAACUGUAGCUCAAGGUUAAAAGCCAUGUGUAACCAAGUGUGCUCUUUUCUAAGGAGUAGUCUUAAGUCAAAGCUUGUACUGCUAACAAUGCAGGAUGUGGUCUUGAGCCUUGACCACUGUACUGGAUUUCAAGAAAAUCCUUGUUGAAAUUUGGACCUCAGCAGGACUCUUAAAUGUUUAUACUGUGUUUUUGAGAAGUUUCUUGGGGCAGAUUUACUAUAUAUAUGUAGGUCAUCUUCUUAAAACUCUUCAGUACAAGUUCUGGCUUACAAAAUGGACACAAAUAUUCAAGUUUACACUUCAUAUGGCAUUGAUGAUCUUCAGGUGAACAUUUAGUGAUCACUUAAAAAUCUCUACUGCUGAUGGUAAGAUUUGCUUUAUUGAAUUAAGUAUCUGGGAUUAUUCUUUAAAAAUAGAUGGUCUCAGUUUUCUUCAAGAAUAACAUAUUUUGUGUUAUUCUUAAGAUGUGCCAAGUAGACUUGUGUAACUUAUACAGAUGAAAUUAAAAGUUCAUAGUAAGAAAAAAUAGGCUUAACUAAUACUAUAGUUUUCUAAAGAGAGAGAGUACUACAUAAUUGAGGGAGAAGAAAUUGAACUGUGUAAUUAUGAAUGAGACGGUUCUGGGUUGUGUGUCAUUGUAAGAGGUCCCUUGGGUGAGUACCUGUUGUGUUUUGUUUUAAUCCCAAAUCAUUGGCUGCCUUUUGUCAGGGACAAGAGAGGAAAUAAUCUUUGCUAUCUAGAAAAAAGACACUCAGUGUUCUAUUCUUCUGAGGUUCAUAACACUGUAAUUAUAUGGUUCUGAGGUUCAUAACACUGUAAAUUAUAUGGUUUUUACAACUGAGUUCUUUUUAGUUGGUUGGAUAUUUUCUUUCUCUCUCUCUCUUUUUUCCCCCCAGUGUUUUGUAGCCACUAUAGUUAGCUGCUUUAUCCUCCAUCCUCCAGGUUGAGCAUCCUUAAUCCAAAAUUCAAUAUCUGGGCCAGGCACAGUGAAUGACAUAUGUCUUUAAGGUCAGCACUCUGGAGUCAGAGGCAGACAGAUCUCUGUGAGUUCAAGUCCAGCCUGGUAUACAUAAUAAGUUCCAGGCUAGCCAGAGCUACAUAGAGAGAACCUGUUCUGACAAAGAAAAAAAAAGGGGGGGGGGAACAGUAGCAACAAAAAUAAUAAAAUCCAUUAUCUGAGAUGCUUCAGAAUCUUAAAUUUUUUGAUGGACAGUAUGACAGAAUUGGAAAAUUCCACCAUUUCAUGCAGCAGGUCACACAUGAAUUUCAGGGACACUAUAAAUAGUGUAUAAAACUACUUGAAACUACUGAGUAAAGUGUAUGAAAUAAAUGCACAAGGUAAAGUGUGUAUGUAUUCCAAAAUCUGAAAACAGAAUCUAAAAUCUGAAACAUUACUUUUGGCUCCAAGCAUUUUGGAUAGUGAUACUCAACCUGUAAAUAAUUUUCUAAUGUUUUCAAGUUUGAUAAUUCUUUAAAUACAAACAGAACCACUGAAGUAUACAUAGUCAUUUAUAUUUUUAUAUUUUUGGCUAAGUGGGAGGGAAAUAUAUCCAUCUAGAGGAGAUAAACUGGUUUCACUUAUUCAUUGUCUUGUUUUAUUGUCUCAAUUCUGUGAACUGACAACCAAAAGCUGGUGUAAAAUCCUUUGUUAGCAAUCACUUGUCAAUAAAUCACAUCCAUGACUUGGUGACAAGAGGAAAUAUCUUCACUAGAAGAAAUAGGUGUGUUAACCUUGCUAGUAAUAAAAGUUGUAUUAUUAAUCUACAGA